AUGAUUUCACGUACGCAGACAAGAAUUGUCCUGGAGCUGCAUAGCUACGAUUCUACCACAUCCAGCUGUGACACACUCUCGUCUAGCCUGAGGAGCUCUGGAUUCAAUGCCCUGGACGCCAAGAACUCGAGUAUAGUGAAUGUCCUGCCUGUUGUGAUGACCGAGUUCGGUUUCGAGCAAGACAGCACAACUUACAAGGACGUCUAUGCCUCGUGCUUGAGGGAGUUCCUACCAAGCCAUCACGCAGGCUGGAUGGUUUGGGUAAUAAGCGGGAGUUACUACAUCAGAGAUGGAAAGCAGGACGACGACGAGCCUUGGGGUCUCCUUGAUCACACAUGGUCGCAAUAGCGAUCUUCCGAAGCGAUCGAAAAGGGGUUGAUCCCUAUGGUUCGAGAGACACUUGAGUUAGACUUGUUCCAAUAUCCAGCGCCAGUUCGGUUUAGAUCUACUCAUGCCCUGCAUGCCACAGAUAUGCUAUCCUUGUUACAUUUCCAGAGUCUGCUUGCACCGAGUGAAAUUCCAGGCGCUUGCAGGCCCUCUUGCUAAAAGCUUAUACCCCAGACAUACUAAGUCUGCGGGUCUUUACACGCAUCACCUCGUUUCAAAUGUACAUAAUAGUGCUUGAUAUGGGCAUAAUUUAA